AUGGCAAUACAAUUAGUUAGUAAAUCAAGAUGUUUUAAUGGUGAAGUGAGAAGAUAUAGUCAUCUAUCAUCAAGUUUACAAUGUGAGAUGAAGUUUCAUGUCUUUGUACCAGAUAAUUAUGAUAGUAAAGAGAACCUUGCUUGUUUAUGGUUCCUUAGUGGAUUGACAUGUACCGAUGAAAACUUUAUUACUAAAGCUGGUGCAAUUAAAUCGGUUAGUCAGGGUGGUAUCAUGUUGGUGUGUCCAGAUACUAGUCCAAGAGGUACAAAUAUAGAAGGUGAAAAAGAUAGUUGGGAUCAUGGUCAAGGUGCUGGAUUCUAUGUUGACGCUACUGUUGAAAAAUGGGCAAACAACUAUAACAUGUAUACCUAUGUAACUGAGGAAUUGUAUAACAUCAUAAACAUUGAAUUCAAAACAAAGAAACAUUCAAUCUUUGGUCAUAGUAUGGGAGGUCAUGGUGCAUUGGUAAUGGCAUUGAGAAACCCAACAAAGUAUCAAUCAGUGUCUGCAUUUGCACCUAUUUGUAAUCCAACUCAAGUACCUUGGGGAAAGAAGAAUUUGGGUGGAUACUUGGGUCAAGACAAUCUAGAAGCUUGGAAUCAAUACGAUGCAACUGUUUUGGCAAACAAGUAUACUGGUGUUGACAAAAUCAACAUUUUAGUCGAUCAAGGUGACGCUGAUGAAUUCCUCGAGCGUGAACUCAAACCAAGUGCUCUCAAAGAGGCUUGUGAAGCUAAUCCACUUCUUUCACUAACACUUCGUAUGCAACCAGGUUACAAUCACAAUUAUUACUUUAUUCAAACUUUUGUUGAUGAUCAUAUCAAUUUCCAUUUAAAUCAUUUAAAGUAA